UGUAGCAAAUGUGCAAGAACUGUGAUGAGCCCAGGAAAAUACUUAGUAGUGCUCAAUCCAAGUUCCAGUAGAUCAGUUAAUACACACCACAGUUUAUUUAUUAGAACAGUCUGAGAGUGUGGUGUUUGGCAGUAGUAACUUAGCUAGCUGACACUGGAUCAUCCGCAUACAUGCUUCAGUCAGUGCGGUGACACGUUUAUUUUAUUUGUAAUUCAUUACAGGGACAGAGGGUGAACAUGUCGGAUGUGGAAUCUUCUCUGGAUUUCAGCACCUCACUGACCAGCUCCACUCUUCCUCCUCCCCGCACCCGGAUUUUUAAAAUUAUAGUGAUCGGAGACUCCGGGGUGGGUAAGACCUGCCUCACCUACCGCUUCUGUGCCAGCAAAUUUCCCGACAAAACCGAGGCCACUAUCGGGGUGGAUUUCCGGGAGAAGAUCAUCGAGAUCGAUGGAGAGAAAAUCAAGGUUCAGCUGUGGGACACGGCAGGUCAAGAACGUUUUCGGAAGAGCAUGGUGCAGCACUACUACCGGAACGUACAUGCCGUUGUGUUCGUGUACGACGUGACCAGUGCGGCCAGUUUCCGCAGCUUGCCGGGGUGGAUCGAGGAGUGCCGGCAACACGCACUCGGGCAUGAGGUUCCUCGGAUCCUUGUUGGCAACAAGUGCGACUUGCGCCACGCCGCUCAGGUGAGCACAGAGUUGGCACAGCAGUUUGCUGAUGCUCACUCCAUGCCCCUGUUUGAGACAUCUGCUAAAAGCCCACAGGGGGGCACCAGCGACAGUGACCAUGUGGAGGCCAUCUUUAUGACGGUGGCGCACAAGCUAAAGUCGCAAAAGCCUCUGGUGUUGAGUCAGCCGGCCAACACGGUCAUUCUGAAGGGCCAAAACCAAGAGGAGGAUCAACGCGGGAGCUGGGGCUGCAACUGCUGGAGGAGCUAAUGAGAGGCGGGACUGAUUUACUCUUAUUUAGUAGCCAACAAGAAAAGUGGUUUCAAAGUCUCUUGGGCAUCUGGGAAGGUUUCUGAGAUUGCAAACAGGACGGCUCAGCUGUGAUUACAGACCAGAUCUGUUAAAGGAUUUCACAAACUGCAUCUAAGCCUAUAGCGAUAUUAUACAGUAUCUAUACCUGAACUGACGUCUAAAAAUGGUCUUUGCUUCGUUUUCUUUAGAAAUCCUUAAUGAAAGAUCUCUUAAGUGGUGGAUCUUGAUUGAUUGGACACUAAUUCUUAUUAAUUUCCUCACACCUGAACAACUGACAUUAAUGAUGGACAUCCUAAAACUACCCUUUUUAUUUUUGUUUAUUGUGUGCUAUUUUUCCUGUCAAAAUCUAUCAUCGCCCUCUAGCAGGCACAAUUGGCUAAUGCCUGCAGCAGACAAAAUUGGAUUCCAGUCUGCUGGGUGGGAUUAUGAACACUGUGUAAGGACCUUGGUUGCCCAGUGUGUCUGUACAAAAAGUGGAGGAGCGCAGAGAUCAAGGCGUGGCUCUUUGUACACAAAGCCGACCUCAUGUGCAAAUCCACCAAAGUAUGGGUGAAUUAGAAGGGAUUGGUGGACUGUGCACACAUCGGAGGGAGUGUGUUUAGGAAAAUAUACACCCUUCUUGGACGCCCUCGGGGUCCCCAGGAGCGGAUUGGCUAUGCUAAAUUGGGAGAGAAAUGGGGUAAAAUGCAUAAACAGAUAAAAAAAAAAUCUAUCAUAUAUACAGAUUGGGGAAUAGCAAUACACUAGUACACUAGUACAAUACACAAGUUCAGCUUUUUUCAUUCUGUAGUCAAAAAAAUUGUGAAAAAAUUGGAAAUCAGUAGCAACACUGCAUCUAGAGCACUGAUAAUAGAUGGAUGCAAGCAACAACGUAGUAAAAAUGUUUGUGACACUAACCAUGUGAACUGAGGUAAUGAAAGUACCUGGUGUUUAUCAUUUACAUUAUUUCCAGUUCCAGUUUUUCAGAUAUACACAUAUUAAAAGACUGCCGUGACACACAGAGGCUCUGUUCCAGAUACACCUGCACCCUAGACACUUAAAGUGCUCACUUUGUUAACAUAUCGACUUUGCAGUUCUAUCAAGGUUCAAAGAGUUUAAAGUCGAGUACAGUGUAAAAAAGUUCACAAAGAGAAAAGCACUGUGGUAUAUUUAGGAAGGCUGUGAGAACAAAUGUCUCAACAAUGUCUAAGAAAUUUUAAAAUUCCACUAAUUUCAGUGUUGCUUCUAAAGGUCUGUUAUUCUGUCUGGGGUUUUUUCGCAUCAUUAAAUCAAAAGGCCAUACUGAUGUGUUUUAUUUACAGAGCAUAUCACACAGUGAAAAAAAUAUAAUUACAAUUUAAUAUCAUUAAACCUAUACUAGGGCACUCGGUGGUGCAGAGGUCAAGUACGCUAGCCCACUACUGCUGAGUUCUGGCUCGAAUCUGCUGGUCGACCCAUCUAAAUGUGUGUAUAUGGCCAAAAUAAUUACGUUCAGGUGUUUUAGCCACACCAAUUGCUAACAUGUGAGGUGCAUAAAAUCAGUUCUAUGCCCAUAGUUUUGGAUUGGGUCAAGUGUCCAUGUUCUUUUGGCCAUAUCAUGAAAGAAGAGAAUAAAUACUUUUCAAUCUUUAUUAUAUGCUUUCAAAUAUUCUGCUACAGUUUAAGAAAGACCCUUGUUCCAGCCUGACUGUGCCACUGAGCACAAAGCAAAACAUACUUUGACAAGUUUGGUAUGAAGGAAUACCAGUGGCAAAUUGGAAUGGAACAGACACACUUCAAAAUCUUUUGAAAAGCCUUCCAAGGAGGGUGAAGACUGUUAAAGCCGCAAAGCUGAUGGUUUUGGAAUGGGAUGUAUAACAAGCAUGUUAGGUGUACUCAGUUGCAUAUUGUAUGAUUGUGCAAUAACAGUACUGCAGAAGCCAGUAAUGUGAUAGUGACCAGGAAAUGAUGUAUUGUGCAGCCAUAAAAUACAAACACGCAAUAGUGUACACAGACACAAAAUAAAACAUGCUUUAGGUAUACAACAGUUAACUGUUCCAUUGUACUCUAGUAUAAAUGGGCAAUCAGUCAGCAUUUAGGGAAAAAUGCCUUACCUUUAUUCAAUCACUCACUCAUUUUACCUACUGCUUCAUCCUGGUCAGGGUUAUGAAGUCCUUGGCAAGAAUACAUUCUUAACAGGGUGCCCACUCACUUCUUUUCACAUAGAGGCAGUUUAGAGCAAUCACUCCACUUUUUAAAUUUGGAUUGCUAGAAGAGAAAACACACAGGGUCACAAUGGAUCUGGCAGCACCCAGAAACACUAGACACAAGACAAGACUACAUCCUAAACUACACUCUUGAGCCAGUUUAGUUCAGCUAUUUCCCCUUCUUAAUUUGGUGUGUUAGAAUCAGGAAAAUUCUAGGGGACAGUGGCCAUCCAGGUUCCAGGAUGGGUCCCUGAUCUAAAAAAGAAUGCGUAUUGUUGUGUCACAGGAUAUGAUAUUACAAUAUGUGUAUCUACAAAUAUUUUUUCUGAGGCAGAGGACAGUGUCAUUUGGUCUGGAAAAACACCUAAAAUUUUGCUUUUAAUAUUGUUCGAACAAGCUGUCAGUGCUCGGUAGUACUAACAUGGCCCAAAAAUGUGUUUAUUGUGUGUUGACCGCAUUCACGAGAAAGGAAGUGUCCAGAAAAUAAAAUACUGUGCACAUGGAAUGAAAUGGUGUAUUAUGUGACUGAUAUUGUUGCUGAUAUAACUGAUUACUGUUAUAUAUAACUGAUAACUUAUAAUGCACAUGGCUGCUUUAAACUACGAUGCAGACCUCAUAUGGUGCAGUGCAUUUACUCUGGUGUUGUAUUACUAGAGCAGCAGCAAAAUGAUCUCUCUAUCUGCCUCUAACCUUUCUGGAUGGCCAAGAUAGCAAAUGUUGGUGUCUUAAUAUGGCACAUGGGCACACAGGGCUGUUGGGGAGAUUUUCUUCACAUUAUUUCUUUUCCCAGCAAUUUUCUAACUAAUUCUGCAUUUUUCAUACUGUAUUUCAACAAAAACACACGACUUGUAUGUAUUUACAGGCCAGUCAACAAAUGAGCUACACUACAUUAUCAAUAGUAAAAUAAGUUAAUAGGAGACUUUGGGUAAACCAACAGAAAUGUUCACUGCCCAACUACUAUCUUAGUUGGCCAAUAUAAGUAUCUUUAUUCCACAAGAAUGUAGGCUACUAGAAAAAUAAAACACUGUUCAUGCUUAUUUAGAUGUUUUAUAGGUAAACCACAUUCCUCUGCUAAGCUGGCACAGCAUUAAAAUACAGCUGAGAUCCAGGGUUUAAGUCUUAGUGGUGUUCGUGGACAGUUGGGUGUCUACAUAGACAUGACUGGUUAUGUCUGGGGGUAAAGGUGAUGGCCAAACAGCCUAGCCAUUGGAAGGUGUGCACUCUUAAUGCCAGUUCCAAGCCCAAAUAAAAUUAAAACUGCACCAAAGCAAGUACGCAGACCAGAAUGAUUUGCUGUGGUGACCCCUAAAAUAGGAGAGCAGCACAAAAUGUGUCAGACUCUAGUUCGAGGCUGUGUGAUGAGGGAAGAGCAUUGUGCAUCUAUUGGCACAGAUUUGGCAAUCUGUUGGCACUGAUUUUCUUCAUUUUUUAAUAGUAAAGUCAUAUUUUUUCUGUUUUUGUUGGUCAAGAAUGUCUACAGAACAGAGAAGUCUACUCAUUUUCCCAUUUUCAGUUUUUAUUCUGUUCACUCCAGCAGCAACGCUCAUUGUUAAUGCUGUAGUUACCACAGCAGGUCUGGUGGUGCACACUAACCUUCAGGCAUUAACGUUUAAAACAUUUUAAUGAAGUCAAAUCAUAGGUCUUAUAAAACCUAAACGCUACAUUUAAAGUUACACUUUAUCUGUCUGCCACUGGCAUCUGUAUUUGUUUUGAGAACUACGGGUGUAUUAUCCCAAAAAUCACUGUUACUGCUUGAGGUAGACUGGGUUUUGGUUCAAUGUUUUGCCAAUUAAUGUUUUUUUAAAGUGUCCUUUUAUUUUGAAGCUGCAGUAUGUUAUGCUUUUGUUAAAACUAUAUUAUUAAAUCAAUAAAUGGAAGAAUAUUUCAAAAAGACUC